UGGGCGGGGGUCUGUGGAGCGGGUCUGGGUUGUGGAAUUGGUGACAUCUGGUCAAACGUGUAUCAGAUAUUUGGGGGCAUCUACUUUGCCCAGGCAUUUGCGGGACAUGAGGGAGACACCAGUGAAAAAGACAGAUGGGCUUCUGGCUAUUGGGAGCUUAUAGUCUAGCAGUUUGUGAGGGGGGAGUCACUCGCACAGAAUCACUCACUUUCUGGUUAUUCAUUUUGUUGCUGGCAUGACUGCGUUCCUAGAGAAAGAGCUCUUCUUUUUCCAGUCUUAACAGAAUUUGCCUGCCUGGGCUCUUUGUGAGCUCAGAGCAUUUCAGCUACCUGGUUUUCUUCCUCCUUCUGCUUUCUUAGUCAUUAAUGAACACUGUCCUCCAGUCCAGUGUUCUGAAAUGUCACCAGGGUCACCUGAGUCAGGAAGAGCUGGAAGGUCCCAUCAAAUAUUUACCACCUCCCUCUGAAAGCUCUGGUCUCUGGAGCUGCAGACUUUUUCUGUAAAGCUCAGCACGUUGGGUUUGGGCUUCCUGCUGACAGCUCUAAGGCAUCUGGUUGAACAGCAAUGACAACAGAACCGAGCCUGAGACUUUUGGGUCAGAGUCUCUGGUCUCCUGAGACAGAGAGGAAUUUGUCUUUCCUUCCCUCCUCUGCGCUGAGAUUUCUGUUCUUAGAGACUGGGCCAGGACCAAGAGAAGGGACAUGGGAUCAGGAAUACGGAAAACAUCAGAUAGAAAUCUGUUUAAGGCAAAAUGUCGUCCUGGAGAGGUCUAUUUCUCAUGUCUCCCAAGGUCUUUUUUUUUUUUUUUUUUUAAUCUUAAGUGAAUUGCUUAACCUCAUUAAGCUUCUGUUUCUUUAUUUGCAAAAUAGGGAAAAUCAUAGUACCUCACUGGGUUUUGGGGGAAUUAAAUGGGAAAUGGAGGUAUAUACAGAUUUUGGUCCAGAGCAAGGGCUCCAUCGAUAUUAGUUAUUAUUAUUGUUGUUGUUGUCAUCAUUGUUAUUGUUGAUUAACUACCAAGUGCUGUCCAGGACCUCCUUCUUUCCAUUUGUAAUGUGGUCAGGGAGAGUUAGUACUCAAAGUGACACUGAAGGGACCAAGAUAGACUCCCAUAUUAGGGGGAACAGGAAUUAAGAUCCUUUCAGUGACCUUCCAGAGCACCCUUACUGCCUGCAGGCAGAUGGUGUGGUGUUGAGUUGAAGUCGUAACAUGGUAGCUUGGGAGAAAGUAGAGUUGUAGGUUCCAAUCCCAGUGCUGUCACUUCCCAUUGCUGUGACCUUGGGCCUCUUCCCUCUCUCUCUCUUUCUGGUCUGGGUUUGUUCAUCCAGAAUUGAGAUUGACAAAAACUGCCUUACAGAGCUAUUGAUGAGGGCCACACAAGAUUAACUAUGUCAAAUGGUCUGGGUCCAGUAGGUUCUGGAAAAAAGGGCAGCCUUCAUUCACAUUAUUAAUAGAGUGACUGAAUAUGGACCUGUGUAAGUUACAUUGAAAGCUGUCUCUGAGCCAGGCGAGAAAGGCCAUUAAAGGAAGGAGCUGAAUGACGAGGGACCUUCCCUAGUACCCUCUGCAUGGCCAGCUAAGGACAUGUCACCUAAUAGCCUAGAGAGAUGUGGUAUCAGACAUUAACUCAGAAUAAGCAUGAUUUGGGGCAACUCUUGGCGUUGGGACUUGUAAAACUAUUUUAAGAGCAGUUUUUCUGCUCCUUACUCUAGAGAAGAAACAGCCCCUGUAGAAGAGGCAUAUGUGUAUAAAACCCACAUCUCUGUCCCAUCCUUCACCUUUUUCUCGCUCUAGAGACAUCUCUCCCAACUUGAAUAGACUAGCCCGAUUUCCAAGCUGCUUUGCACAUAACACGAUCGCAGUAUCUAAUAGGUGAAUGAAUGACAAGUGUCUUUAACCUCUGGUCUGCAGAGGUGUAUUAAUUCCUACAGCUUAGAUGAGGGAGAAAGACCAUGAGUUUGGUCCUAAUAGAUUCUAUCAUACUAAGCCUUUGUUCCUAGGAUGAGGGCUGUGUAUAUUAUUCACUCUUUCCUUGCCAAGUCUCUCCCUACUUGGGUGAGAAGCACCUACUGCCUUUCCCCUGGGGCCUGGGGAAGGGGAAAGAGGUCAGCUUGGGGUUGAUAUCAAUCUUGCAGAGUCCUCCAGGACAGCUGCGUUCGCCUCUGGCUGUGUGGGGGAAGCAAAAAGGGUGCUUGAGACCUCAGACGAGACCUCAUUGAACAAUUGCCCUAGUAUCUUCUUAGCCACCCGUGAAGGUUGGCAUUCUCACCCUCCACGUUAGAGAUGAGGAGACAGUAUCAAGAGGGGGGAAGUGGCUUGUCUAAAGGCCACACAGUAAGUAAAUGGCACGACUGUGAUCUCUAAAGAACCAGUUGGGUGGGAAGUCACCUGAGAGUGUUUCCUAUUUGUCAGAAGCAUCCACAAAGCCCCUCUCAGGUUACGACCCAGCUUUCCCUGAGUGUGUUCACCCUGGGUGUCAUCUAAGUUUGAAGACUGGUGAUAGAACUGAUCAGGGCUGGGGGCCAGCCUCCCUCCUAAUCAGGAAUAAUCAGCACCGGGUUUAUCCUUCUCAUCCCUCUGAUCCUAUUAUUCCAUUCCAGAACUCGAAGUGUAGGCUUCCGGAGGCCCAGGGGCUGCUGCCACAUUGAUGAGUGCCAGGAAGGUGGGGCUAUGUGAUGUGCUUUGCUCCUUAGAGAAGCCACUACCAUUCAGCCCUUUUUAAAAAUGCCUGCUAAAGGUCAAGCCACCUGUUUCUUCCAGAUCGCAGUUAUCCCUGUCACUCAGGACCACCUCGGCCUGACCUGCCCAGUUUAAGGGAAGCUCUGAGUUUGAACCCUUGAGUCCCUUGCUGCCUUCAGCCUCAAGCUAGGGUCAGCAUCCUUCCCUGUAAAGAAGGGUGGGAUUUAUUCAAAGUGCAUGACUUUUCCCUGGGGUUCUGUUUUUGCUGUUUCCUGUCUCCUGCUUCCAAGGACAGGCAUAUUCCAAGGUCGGCAAGCGGGUGCUGUGAUCGGGGCUGGCCUGCAGGGGGCAGGAGUCACCAGGUUUGACGGAGUGGGUGUUCAGCUGAGUAUGGAGAGGUGGGAGCAGCUGGCCCUGUAAGAUCAAUGCUGGGCCGAAAGGGGCACCUUCUAGGUGGCUGGCAGUGUGCCCAAGCCCUUUGUGUGUAUUAUCUCAUUAACUCCUCACAACAUCCCUAGGAGGGAAGGGUUAUUAAUGUACCCAUUUAAUAAAGAAACUGAGGCACAGAGAGAUUCACAAGUCCUCAAGGUCAUAGAGUUUGCUAGACAACAGGGCAAGAUUUGAACCCAGGUCUGUCUACCCCUGCAUUGCAGGCUCUUAGCAUCCGUGUCUGUGGUCCUCAACACUGGCUUCAGAUUAGAAUAACCCAGAGCACUAACCACCACCCCUGUCCAGAGUUCACCUGCAGCUAUUAUAUCAGAGUCACCUGCCCCUGGCACUGAGACUCUCUGCUUGACACUGUGCUGCUUUUACAUAUGUCUGCCCAGGUAGUUAAUAUGAAUUGGGUUUGUACCUGGAACCUAACCUGACUUCCCUCUGGGGUCCCUGGUGAGUCCCAGCUUGUCAAGAGUCUGCAGAUGGCUGGUUUCCUGGGCUUGACCUCCAAGUCUUUUCCGAUCCCCUACAGACUAAGUCACAUUCUUCUGUCUCACGUUCUUGGAGGUUUUGUGUUUCCUUCCGCCUUCAUAGCAUUUACCUGAAACGUGAUUCAGUAAGUGCAUUCAUAACUCUUUAACAGCUCUUGCCUGCCUGCUGGAAUGUAAGCCCCCUGAAAGCCGGGGCCAUGCCUAUCUUGCUCCCCACAGCAUUCCCAGAGCCAGGCACAGUGCCUGGCCCAUAUAUAACUGGACAAACGAUAGUUCUAUUUUCCAUUUUAAGAAUUACUCAUGAGUAUUUAUCGUGCGCCAGGUACAUGCCCACAUUUGCUUUAUAAGCAAGAUAAGGGGAAACCCCCUUUUCCAGGCAAGGAAACAGAAGCUCUGGAAUGUGAGAAGUCAGAAGCUGGUGACGGAGCCAGGAUUCAACCCCAGGCCUGCUGUCCCUUCUCACGCACUUGAGUCUAAUGACUCUGACCCCGGGUCCCGCAGAGAGUCUGGUUCAUGCUCCCUUGUGGAGCAACACAUCUUUGGAGAAGGCACUUAUGUUAGCUGCUCACUCUUCAGUUUCAGCUCCCCAGUGUCUUUCCUGCCCUUUGGGCGUCAACACCACCCCAGGCUCCUCCCUCUGUCCUCAGGGGCUGCCCCUCCUUCUCGCACCUCCUCUGGAGGUUUGGUCCAAACAAGGCUGCUGAGUAACUCCCCUGAUGAAACCGUUCCAUCGUCAGCAACAGCACAGACGUCAAGAGCUAUCCAGGGACUUCCUCCCACGGCUCUCUGGGAGCAGGGAGCCUGUGGCACCUUCUGGGCAGCGCCCACCCACUCCCCUAAUGGGGCUUCUGACCAGGCACCGAAGCUGGACUAAAAGUCCGUGGAAAAGCAGCCUCUCCGUAGGGAAAACACUUUCAGCGCUGCGUGCAGGGACUGUUUCAUCAGGGGCAGGGAGAGUUCGGCUUCCCAUGUCCUCUCUGGUGCCCCCUGCUGGGAGAAGCUGGCUGCCGGGAAACAGGGACACCUCCGCUCUUGGGUCAUCUGGCUCUGGCUGUAGGUCUUGGGUGUGACACCUGAGGCUGAAGAUGAGUUCUCAUCAGACCUGGAACCAAGAGGGACGAAGAAGAGCCACUCACCUAAAAAGUUCCAGUCGUAGGACCUUGAAGACCACUUUGCAAAGGGCGGCCUCUCAGCUUUGCGGCCCAAGGAAGCCUUGAAAGAUCCUCGCUCAGGAUUAGGCAGAGGAUUGUUUGAAGGUUGGCAGCCCUCUGUCACACCAGCACUACCUCCAUCAGGCUCCCUCAUCUCCAUCUUUUGGUUUCUCUUGGGUUGGAGAGACCCUGAGUAGCAAAGGGAGCAGAAGGAUCUGCUCGCCGCUGUUGGCUCAGCUUGUGCUUCUUCCAGCCCCGGAGCCUCAUCCCAUUUCAGCGAUGAAGCAAGUGUGAAAAAUGGAGCGUGAUGGGGAUGUCACAAGAUCUUCCAGGCCCUCAACUGGAACUGCCUGCUCUCAAUCCAGCUGCAAUUGCCAGGGGGCAGUUAGGAUGUGUGUUUGUCCCUGAGUGCUUGCUUAUGCAUGUUUGUGUGCAGAUGUGUGUGUGUGUGUGUGUGUGUGUGUGUGUGUGUGUGUAUGCACACACAAGGCUGGGAGCUGGAAGGCAACCUGGUUUUGGUGGCCCAAACUAGCCUGCUUCCCCUUCUGGGUCUGCUGGCCUCAUUCCCAGCUGCAGCUGCCAUUCUGGGCCCCCCUCCCUGAACCAAUCUCCCUGCAGAUUUGGCAGCAGGAGAGGAGGGGCUGAGGGAAGGGAAAUGAACCGGAGAGAGGACUGAGCUCUAAUCUGAUGUAGAUGAUCCGGCAGCCUUCCCCCAGCUUGCUGCCCUCUGCCAUCAGCUCCCCAGGCGAUUUUCUCUGUGCCCUGCACUCUUCCCCUCCUGCCUUCAUCUCCUUAAGAAAGUGUCCAGAAAGUUAAACCCAGACACACAAACACACACACAAUCCACCAAAAAAAAAAUCAGAGAGCAGGAGCAGGCAGACGAGUAAGAGAGCACGCGCGCAAGAGAGAGGGCUCAGAACGGGCCAGGAGGAAGAGCUGCGCAGGCAGAGAGAGGCUGGGGUUGGCCGUGACAGGGACUAAGGUCUCUUAGUCCCCAGGAGCCUCCUUCAUGGACCGGGGGAUCCUGAGAGGGGCUGCCUCAACUUAGGAUGGGCAACUGUGUCAAGUCUCCACUGAGAAAUCUCUCAAGGAAGAUGCGCCAGGAGGAGAAGAGCAGCUACGAGGUGGUACAGACGAGUGAGGAGGGGCUUGCAGCCAGCAGUGAGCUCCCGGGACCGCUCCUGAUGCUGGCCCAGAACUGCGCCGUUAUGCACAACCUGCUGGGCCCUGCCUGCAUUUUCCUGCGCAAGGGCUUCGCUGAGAACAGACAGCCUGACAGAUCACUGCGGCCAGAGGAGAUCGAAGAGCUCCGAGAGGCCUUCCGAGAAUUUGACAAGGACAAGGACGGCUACAUCAACUGUCGGGACCUGGGCAACUGCAUGCGGACCAUGGGCUACAUGCCCACCGAGAUGGAGCUCAUCGAGCUGUCCCAGCAGAUCAACAUGAACCUGGGUGGCCAUGUGGAUUUUGAUGACUUCGUAGAAUUAAUGGGACCUAAACUCCUGGCAGAAACAGCAGAUAUGAUUGGAGUGAAGGAACUGCGAGAUGCUUUCCGAGAGUUUGAUACCAAUGGUGAUGGAGAGAUAAGCACCAGUGAGUUGCGAGAGGCCAUGAGGAAACUCCUGGGUCAUCAGGUGGGACACCGAGACAUAGAGGAAAUUAUCCGAGACGUGGACCUCAAUGGGGAUGGACGAGUAGACUUUGAAGAGUUUGUCCGGAUGAUGUCCCGCUGAGGCCGCAAGGGCCCCUCCAGGACUGCCACGCUCCCCGGUGGGAGAAGAGGAGCCGGAGCGCGCCUCACUCCGCCGCAGCCGCCGAGAGCCCAGGAUGGACUGGCGGACGGGGCCUGCCUGCACCCCGGGGAGGUGCCCACCCCGGACCCCCACCCCUCCGCACUGUGAAAGACUCACAAUUCCUGCAACUGGAAACGGGGGGCGUCCGCCGCCGAGGAGGCCACCGUGCCAAGCCGGCAGAGGUGACGCCGGGUGCCAAGUGCCAUGGACCCAGCCGCUGCUGGCGGGGCGGGCCAGGGAGCCCGCCAGCAGCCCCCACACAGCAUGUCCGCCCCGGGGCAAAGCCUCUCGCCGCCCUCCUUCGCUCUGUGCCCGUCCCAGCUCGCCACAGCCCUGUUCUCUCAGAACCAAUAAAAGUAUUUCCAAGGCA